UGGCGUUCAACCGUAGCAAGCUGUUCUCUUGAGCGGAUUCUCUGCCAAUGAACCGUACAACUCGGGACCACUUUUUCCAUUCGCGCGCUAUAAAGUUCGAUGUUCGAUCUUGUUCGAUCUCCUUACUCUUACUUCGUGCCUAAUCCUUAUCCUUAGCCGUGCAAGAAGCUGAAGAACACGACAAGAAAAUGUUGCAUAAGUUUUAGUCUCAAAAUGACAAGUAAUUUGAUGAUUUUUAUUCCUCAUGAAUUGUGCAUGGAGGAGCCCGGUUUUGUUCUCGGCAAAGUGGUGUAUGAUACACGGAGUGAUAUGAAAAAAUUCUAUAUCGUCACCGUGCGUAAAGAGAAAACGGGACCCUUGGAAUUAACAAAAUCACCGUUGGGUAUUAUCGGAUAUUAUUCUGAAGUGACCAACAAGAAGAUCGCGGAAUUCGCGAAUCUCAAGCUUCCAGAUUACAUACACAUUACUGCAAAAUCUUCCAAGACUGAUUAUUAUUUGAAGAACGUUGUUCUUAACAAUAAGAAAGUCAAUUUAGCGAAUAUGCGUACAACAAUUAUUUUGUACUAUCAGCAUGCGUUACUGGAUACAGAAUUGUUUGAGAGCAAAGCCAAGUCUGGUGAUCACUUUUAUGAACUUACAAAGCUCAUUCAGAGCAAAAAAGAUGAGCUGAGAACUAAAUCUUCUUUUCAACAAAUCUGGGGGACUAUAUUGAGAAGCCUUAUGCUUCUUUAUCUGUACCCUGUUCUAUUAUUGUUCAAAGUAAUAGAAAAAUUGCUGCCGAUUUUGAAAUAUUCUUACCUUGGAUUGCAUAUGUACAGUUGGCUGGAGAACAUCAAGUGGAUGCUGCUUACGAUAAUACAUGAUCGAGGGUUUAAGCUAAAAACAGCUAAUUAUGGGCUGGCGAUUGUCAUAGAUAUGGCUUUAGGAAUAUAUGUGUUGCGAUUGUUGCAAUAUUAUGUGGAUGAUCAGCCUUCACAACUGCUUUUAAAUAAUGCAGAGAAAGUUGUGGAAACUCUGAGAGAUCUGAUUAAUUGGUUGAUGGGAGCACCAGCUGGUCUAAAAUUGAAUCACGUUCUGAAUAAUGCUAUGGGCAAAUUCUUCCUGUAUCAUAUACAACUUUGGCAGACUUUCCUGAUAUCUUCGAAGCCGCUUCUAGAUUUUGCAUUUGACAUAUUGCUUCUGUUUGGAGCACUUGGUGUUACAUUUCAAAUAUCUAUUAUGGCGGAUCUCCUGGCUCUCGUCAGCUUUCAUGCGUACUGCAUUUACGUUUACGCAGCAAGGCUCUUCAAUCUUCAAUUAAAAGGCAUCACAGCUCUCUUUAGACUUUUCCUUGGGAAAAAGAAAAAUCCUUUGCGCAACAAAGUAGAUUCAUGUCAGUAUCACACGGAUCAGCUGUUUGUUGGGACAUUGUCAUUCACUAUUCUUCUAUUCUUAAUGCCCACGACAUGGGUGUAUUAUGCAGUAUUUACUGCACUCAGACUAGCAUCGAUUGGAUUUAGUGGUUUUUUAACCAGACUGAAAUUUUAUUUGCAAAUUAUGCCAGUUUACACUUUUUGGAAAUGGUUUCUGCGAUCUCAAACCACAUGCAGCACUGUCGAUAUUAGACUGCAUUCUCAGUCCUCAGAAGGAGUAACAAUAUUAACAAUGACUAUGGUUGUCACACUUUGGAGACACACAUGGAAGAAAUGUAUUCCAGACACAAUUACUUGUCAUCCACCUAUUGAAUGGGACACAAUAUUACAUAAUGUUAUAUGGGGUCAUUUAUUGUAUCCCUUAUAAACAAAAACUUUUAUUUAUA